AUGCGUAUCCAGCAAUUCCUCUCGGUUUGCGGCCUUCUACUUGCCAGCAACGUUGCUAUCGCAUCCAAAUUGGACCAUGACGAUGUCCCCAAUCGCUGCUGGCCUGCCUGCAGCUCGGUCGUUGAAAUCGCCAAGAGUUGUGAUGCCAGGCACGAACGGGAUUCCGCCGAGAUCCAAUGCAUUUGCGAUUGGGAUGCUGCCAAAACUCAUAUCCCGCUUUGUUCUGCUUGCAUUACCCAGUAUCAAGCUGAUCGGCGCAACAACAAUAUCUCCUAUAAUGGCCACCAUGAUGAUGACUACGACGACGACAGUGACGACGACGACGACGAUAACGAGGCCCUUGACCUUGUUCACUCUUGCUCGUUCACCACGACUACCUACAACUCUGCCGCUGCCACUAUUUUGAGUGGCACAUCUACUAGCACUGCUAGUUCCAACACUGCCACUACCACCUCGGAAUCUUCUAGCACUACUACUUCAAACACAGCUACCGGAACGGGUUCUUCUAGCACCAGCGGAACUAGCAGCCAGGACUCGACUUCGUCUGUCUCCUCAGGAUCCUCUGCCUCCUCUGCCACUCCUACUCCUGAUGCUGCAGCUGGAAUUGCAGCUCCUGGUGCUGCAUCCAUGGUAGGUGUUAUGGGGCUGAUGGCUUUUGCUUGGCUGUGA